AUGGAACCAAAGAACAAUGUGACUUACUUUGUCCUCUUGGGCCUCACACAGAAUCCAAAGGAGCAGAAAGUCCUUUCUGUUAUGUUUUUGCUCUUCUACAUUUUGACCAUGCUGGGCAACAUGCUCAUUGUUGUGACUGUAACUUUUAGUAGGACCCUGGGCUCACCCAUGUACUUCUUUCUUGCCAGUCUAUCAUUUAUGGAUGCCAUUUAUUCUUCAGUCGUUUCCCCCAAAUUGAUUUCAGACUUGUUCUUUGGGGAAAAUACCCUAUCCUUCAGAUUUUGUAUGGCCCAGCUGUUUACAGAGCACUUUUUUGGUGGAUCAGAGGUCUUUCUUCUGUUGGUGAUGGCCUAUGACCACUAUGUGGCCAUCUGUAAGCCCUUGCAUUAUUUGGUUAUCAUGAGGAAAUGGGUGUGUGUUGUAUCACUGGUAGUGUCCUGGGUUGGAGGUUUUCUUCACUCAGUAAUUCAACUUAGCACUAUUUAUGGGCUCCCAUUUUGUGGCCCCAAUGUCAUUGAUCACUUUAUCUGUGACAUGUACCCCUUACUGAAACUUGUCUGUACUGACACUCAUACCUUUGGUCUCUUCAUUGCUGCCCAGAGAGGGUUCAUCUGCUCAUUAAACUUUCUCCUCCUACUGGUCUCCAAUAUGGUCAUCAUAUACCCUUUGAAUUGUCACAGUUUGGAUGCUAUUCAUUUGAUAGUUAAUUAUCUGAAGAGGCUCUUCCCAAGCACGACACAUCUUUCAUGCUGCAAGUUACUUAUUACAAGUGGCAGUCAGUUUGAAUAUGGAAUUGUUUCUGGACACCCACAAACAUCAUUAAGAUCAUCUAAGACUGCUAAGCUGCUUGAUCUUGGGCAGGAAAUCACAGGGAUUCCUGUGUCUGCCUUCACCCCCUUACUGAACCUCAACCCAUUUUCAUCUGAGACACACAAAGAUCUUUUACUAGAAUAA